AUGUUCUCGGUAGAAGCAUACUUUGACAUGCUUCUCGGGCGAGAAUACGGCAGUCUUGCACACUUUCACUUUUUGAAAACGCUCAGACUUCUUCAGGCACGAAUAAACAAUCCUACGGACCCAAGGUCUAUUUCAGAUGCUACUAUCAUGGUAGUUGUUAUCCUGGGCCUCGCAGCCGAGAUGGUAGGCGAUAGGAUAGCAGCUGAGAAUCACGCUGCUGGGAUGGCGAGGAUAGUGGAUUUAAGGGGAGGGCUUGAGAUGCUGAGGUUUGAUAACCCCAGACUACCGGCCAAAGUGUGCAGAGUCGAUAUUGGCCUAGCCCUUCGCUUCGGCUGCAAGCCAGUAUUUUUCGACAAAGACAUAUCCUGGAAUCCAUACCUUUCCAAUCAAGGUUUAGUCCGCCGUAAAAAGAAGCAUCUGGAUGCAAACCACGAUAUGGUAGCCUUUUUCAAAACUCUUGAUCCUAGAUUAUCACACGUAUGGAGGGAUCUCGAAGAGUUUGCAAAACUCAGCAACAUCGCCAGCCAAACUGGUCGGAAACUUCAACCCAACAUCUUCAGCGAAGCCAUGGUAUCGAUUCUUUACCGACUACUCGCUCUAUCUCCCGAAUCAGCUUCAGAAAACGCUGUUCGACUUGGAAUGAUGACGUUUGCUGCGAGUAUCUUCUUUCGAUGGAGAGAUAUGAAGCAAAGACAAGCAUAUCUGGAUGAUUCUUUCAGGGACGCGUUAAGAGAGUUGCAGAAGACCUUGAUUCGGCCGCCUACUACUGUUAUUCUAUGGCUUCUGGUGAUUUGGAGAACAAAUUCUGUUCAAGGUGGCUGUGAUGAAGCUAUUGAGGAGUGGUUCUUGGAAGUUAUGGGUGGCUCGGGGAUAUAUUCAUGGCUAGAACUGCAUAAGGUCUUGAAGUCUGUUCUCUGGGUUGAUUGUUUGUUCAAUGCAUCAAGUAAGCGAAUUCUUGCAUCGUUACUAGAGGAGGCUGCUAGAUAA